AGUUGCUCCCACGAAGGCGUGAAUAGCGCAGGGGUUGACUAAUUUGGGGUGGGGGGCGCGGUGGGCGAUGGAGCAGCCCGAGGACAUGACGUCGCUGAGCGAGUUCGACUCCUUGGCGGGCAGCAUCCCAGCCACCAAGGUGGAGAUCACCGUGUCCUGCAGGAACCUUUUGGACAAAGACAUGUUUUCCAAGUCCGACCCACUGUGCGUCAUGUAUACUCAAGGAAUGGAGAACAAGCAGUGGAGGGAGUUCGGGCGGACCGAAGUCAUCGACAACACACUCAACCCCGACUUCGUGCGCAAGUUCAUCGUGGAUUACUUCUUCGAGGAGAAGCAGAACCUCCGUUUUGACCUGUACGACGUCGACUCAAAGAGCCCUGACCUAUCCAAACACGAUUUCCUGGGCCAGGCCUUCUGCACCCUUGGAGAGAUUGUGGGGUCCCCCGGGAGCCGCCUGGAGAAGCCCCUCACGAUCGGAGCAUUCAGCCUGAACUCCAGGACGGGCAAACCCAUGCCGGCUGUGUCCAACGGUGGUGUCCCAGGGAAGAAAUGUGGCACCAUCAUCCUGUCCGCUGAGGAGCUCAGCAACUGCAGGGAUGUGGCCACAAUGCAGUUCUGUGCCAACAAGCUGGACAAGAAAGAUUUCUUCGGGAAGUCCGACCCGUUCUUGGUGUUCUACAGAAGCAACGAGGAUGGAACGUUCACCAUCUGCCACAAGACUGAGGUCAUGAAGAACACCCUAAAUCCAGUGUGGCAAACUUUCUCCAUUCCUGUGAGAGCCCUCUGCAACGGGGACUAUGAUCGGACCAUCAAGGUGGAGGUGUACGACUGGGAUCGAGAUGGCAGCCACGACUUCAUUGGGGAGUUCACCACCAGCUACCGGGAGCUGGCCCGCGGACAGAGCCAAUUCAACAUCUACGAGGUGGUAAACCCGAAAAAGAAAAUGAAGAAAAAGAAAUAUGUGAAUUCUGGCACGGUCACGCUGCUCUCCUUUGCCGUGGAGUCGGAGUGCACAUUUCUCGACUACAUCAAAGGAGGGACCCAGAUCAACUUCACAGUGGCCAUCGACUUCACGGCCUCCAAUGGGAACCCCUCGCAGUCCACGUCCCUGCACUACAUGAGCCCCUACCAGCUGAACGCCUACGCCCUGGCGCUGACCGCCGUCGGGGAGAUCAUCCAGCACUACGACAGUGACAAGAUGUUCCCCGCCCUGGGCUUCGGGGCCAAGCUGCCCCCGGACGGCAGGGUGUCCCACGAGUUCCCGCUGAACGGCAACCAGGAGAACCCCUCGUGCUGCGGCAUCGACGGCAUCCUGGAGGCCUACCACCGCAGCCUGCGCACCGUGCAGCUCUACGGCCCCACCAACUUCGCGCCGGUGGUCACCCACGUGGCCAGGAAUGCGGCCGAGGUGCAGGAUGGCUCCCAGUACUCCGUGCUGCUCAUCAUCACCGACGGGGUCAUCUCGGACAUGGCGCAGACCAAGGAGGCCAUCGUCAACGCUGCCAAACUGCCCAUGUCCAUCAUCAUCAUCGGCGUGGGCCAGGCGGAGUUCGAUGCCAUGGUGGAGCUGGACGGUGAUGACAUACGGAUCUCCUCCCGGGGGAAGCUGGCUGAGCGGGACAUUGUCCAGUUCGUGCCCUUCAGGGACUACGUGGACCGCACGGGCAACCACGUGCUGAGCAUGGCGCGCCUGGCCCGAGACGUGCUGGCCGAAAUCCCGGACCAGCUGGUGUCCUACAUGAAGGCAAAGGGCAUCCGCCCGAGCCCCCCACCUGAGGCCCCGGCGGGCUCCCCCUCGCAGUCUCCAGCCCGCACACCCCCUGCCUCCCCCUGA